GGAGUGAUCACGCACUCUCUCCCUCUUUCUCUCUCUCCCCAGCGGCGUAACAGUAUAUCAAGCCCAGCCCCAGGGAACCUUUACUUCUCUCUCUCUCUCCCUAUCUCUGUCCAUCACUCUCUCUAGUUACAGAGGUGAGAGACCCCCGUGUAAAACCCACCACUUCCUCCGAGUCCGAGAUGGAUGUAUACGGAGUGUCGGCGGCGGAGUGUUUUCCCAUUGACGACCUUCUGGACUUCUCCAACGACCAACUUUUCACCACCACCGACUCGGCCAGCGUCCAGUACUACUCCGAGAACAACUACGCGGCGGCUACUGGUGGCCACUGCAAUGCGAACCAGUACUACUCUGCUGAUUUCACCCACGACCUCUGCGUCCCAAGUGAUGAUGUAGCCGAACUGGAGUGGCUCUCGAAUUUCGUUGACGACUCCUUCACUUAUUUCCCGUCAAACUCCUUUGCCGAAAAUGUCAAUCUCCGACCAGACGCGUCAUCCCACGGCAGAUCACGCAGCAAACGGUCGAGAGCAGCAGCACCUACAAUAUUCAACCAAACCUGGACUUCCUCGCCCGGAUCUACCGCUCCGACUGUCGCAAAGUCGAAGUCAAAGCGAAACGAGAGCUCGCCGAGUUCGUCGGAACGAACCGGAGACCGCCACUCGCCGUCGCCUUCGGAGAACUCGGCGCGACGGUGCACGCACUGCGCGUCGGAGAAGACGCCACAGUGGCGGGCCGGGCCCCUGGGGCCGAAGACGCUGUGCAACGCGUGCGGCGUGCGGUACAAGUCGGGGCGGCUGGUGCCGGAGUACAGGCCAGCGGCGAGCCCGACGUUCGUGCUGACUCAGCACUCCAACUCUCACCGGAAGGUCAUGGAGCUGCGGAGGCAGAAGGAGGAGGAGGAGGAGGAAGAAGAGGAGAUUCGCCGGCGACAGCAGCAGCAGCACAGCCGCCGUGACUUCGAGGUAUGCUGACGUCAGCGACUGGACAGUUGUCAGGAUCGCCGCUCUAGUGGUCUUCUAAUUUGAUCUGAGUAUUUCCCCAGUGUUAUCGUAUCGGGAAACACACAACCGAAACCCCUCCCCCCCCGCUCUCUCUAGUACUAAUUGGUACUCUUGCAAUAGUGGAGUACAAUUUUCAUUUCUUUCGUUUUCCCAGCCGAAGUUAAUUCAAUUUUCCUGACUGACGGUUUUAAAA